UUCCUCCUCGCUAAUUAUUUUCGGAUCAAAUCAGCUAAAAAAGCAGCUGCACAAAAAAGAAACGAGAGAAUCUCGCUCUCCCUCUCUCAAAGCUCUGACCUUUACUUACAACUAUCCUUCAUCAUCAGCUUCGAUUCUCCGAGAAAUCUGGAGGUUUGUUAGCGCCGGCAUUUGGAUCUGAGCUCUAGGGCUCAGUGGCCUCGAUUGGAUUCCGAUGGGGUUCUUGAUUGGAUUAGGGCGCGGGAGAAGGCGGGGGAUCGUCGGAGGUUGCGAUUCUUGAAGCGGCGGCUGCGGCGAUGGCGGCGGCGGAUCAAGGAAGAGGCGGUCCUGUUGAGAGGGACAUCGAGCAGGCUAUAACUGCUCUUAAGAAAGGAGCCUAUCUCCUCAAGUAUGGCCGCAGAGGAAAGCCCAAGUUUUGUCCAUUCAGGCUGUCCAAUGAUGAAUCCGUUCUAAUUUGGUUUUCAGGCAAAGAGGAAAAGCAUCUCAAAUUGAGUCAUGUGUCCAGGAUCAUGCCUGGACAGCGCACUGCAAUUUUUCAGAGGUACCCACGGCCUGAGAAGGAGUGCCAGUCCUUUUCUCUUAUAUAUAGCGAUAGAUCACUUGACCUUAUAUGUAAGGAUAAAGAUGAGGCUGAAGUCUGGUUUGCUGGUUUAAAAACAUUGAUAUCUCGCAAUCAUCACCGAAGAUGGAGAACAGAAUCAAGAAGUGAUGGAAUGUCAUCUGGAACAAGUAGUCCAAGAACAUAUACCAGAAGAAGUUCACCAAUAAGCUCCCCAUUUGGCAGCAAUGAGAUGCAGAAGGAUGGAAGAGAUCAUCUUCGGUUUCGAAGUCCAUAUGGAAGCCCCCCAAAGAAUGGUUUGGAUAAGUCAUUUUCUGAUGUACUGUAUGCAGUACCUCCUAAGGGUUUCUUUCCUUCAGAUUCUGCUAGUGGUUCGGUCCAUUCAUUAUCAUCUGGAUGUUCUGACAGUAUAAAUGUGAAUGUGAGGAGCACCGCAACAGAUGGAUUUAGGGUAAGUUUAUCGAGUGCUGUAAGUUCAUCAAGUCAAGGUUCUGGACAUGAUGAUGGUGAUGCCUUGGGGGAUGUUUUUAUAUGGGGUGAAGGGACUGGAGAUGGUAUUCUAGGUGGUGGAAGUAAUAAAGCUGGAAGCUGUUCUUCUACCAAAAUGGAUUCUCCCAUGCCAAAAGCUUUAGAGUCUGCCGUUAUACUUGAUGUCCAGAACAUUUCUUGUGGUGGAAAACAUGCUGCCUUAGUUACUAAACAGGGUGAGAUCUAUUCCUGGGGGGAGGAAUCAGGGGGUAGGCUUGGGCAUGGUGUAGACUCAGAUGCCUCACAUCCGAAACUCAUUGAUUCUUUAGCGAAUAUGAACAUCGAAAUUGUAGCAUGUGGGGAGUACCAUAGUUGUGCCGUUACGCUUUCCGGAGACAUGUAUACAUGGGGCCAAGGAACGUUUGGGCUCCUUGGGCAUGGAAAUGAAGUGCAUCACUGGGUGCCAAAAAGAGUGAAUGGACCUUUGGAGGGUAUACAUGUUUCAUCAAUUUCCUGUGGACCUUGGCAUACGGCUGUUGUGACCUCUUCCGGUCAGUUGUUUACUUUUGGAGAUGGAACCUUUGGUGUUCUUGGUCAUGGAGAUCGUAGAAGUAUCUCAAUACCCAGAGAAGUCGAAUCACUGAAGGGGCUAAGAACAGUGCGAGCAGCAUGUGGUGUUUGGCAUACUGCUGCAGUUGUAGAAGUUAUGGCUGGAAAUUCCAGUUCCAGUAACUGUUCUUCAGGGAAACUUUUUACAUGGGGUGAUGGAGAUAAGGGUCGCCUAGGACAUGGUGACAAGGAACCAAAACUUGUGCCUACUUGUGUUGCUGCCUUGGUUGAGCCUAACUUUUGCCAGGUUGCAUGUGGGCAUAGCAUGACAGUGGCUCUCACUACAUCAGGCCAUGUUUACACUAUGGGCAGUACCGUGUAUGGCCAACUUGGAAACCCACAGGCAGAUGGAAAGCUACCUAUCCGCGUCGAAGGAAAGCUCCUUAAAAAUUUCGUUGAAGAGAUAUCUUGUGGUGCUUAUCAUGUGGCAGUUUUGACUUCAAGAACUGAAGUGUACACUUGGGGUAAAGGAGCAAAUGGACGUUUAGGUCAUGGGGAUACCAAUGACAGAAGUUCCCCAUCUUUGGUUGAUGCUUUGAAAGACAAACAAGUCAGAAGCGUUGUUUGUGGUACUAAUUUUACUGCAGCAAUUUGUAUUCAUAAAUGGGUGUCUGGGGUGGACCAAUCUGUCUGCUCAGGCUGCCGCCAGCCAUUUAAUUUUAAGAGAAAACGCCAUAAUUGCUACAAUUGUGCGCUUGUUUAUUGUCAUUCUUGCAGCAGUAAGAAGUCUCUUAAGGCUUCCAUGGCACCAAAUCCUAACAAACCAUAUCGUGUCUGUGAUGGCUGCUUUAACAAGCUGGGGAAGGCGUUGGAAAAUGAUUCUUCAUCUCAUUCAUCACUUAAUAGGAAAGGAAGCAUCAUUCAGGGUUUUAAUGAGAUGAUUGAGAAGGAGGACAAAUUGGACUCUAGAUCCCAUGUACAGAUAUCUAGGUUGUCAUCAAUGGAGUCAUUUAAGCAUUUGGACGGACGAUCGAAGAAGAGUAAGAAAUUUGAAUUCAAUAGCAGUCGUGUAUCUCCAAUUCCAAAUGGAACCUCAAAUUGGGGUGGCUUAAACAUUUCAAAAUCCUUAAAUCCGGUCUUUGGGUCAUCAAAAAAAUUCUUCUCUGCUUCUGUUCCUGGAUCAAGAAUUGCUUCCCGUGCAACAUCUCCUGUAUCAAGAAGAACCAGUCCCCCACGUUCAACAACCCCAACACCCACUCUUGGAGGACUUACUUCUCCAAAGUUUGUUGUAGAUGAUGCAAAAAAGACAAAUGAUGGCCUGAACCAAGAGGUUCUCCGGUUGAAGGCACAGGUGGAAAAUCUUACUCGGAAGGCCCAACUUCAAGAAAUUGAGUUGGAAAGAACAACUAAACAGCUGAAGGAGGCAAUUGCAGUUGCAGGAGAAGAAACUGCAAAGUGUAAAGCAGCUAAAGAAGUGAUUAAAUCACUUACAAGCCAAUUGAAGGACAUGGCAGAAAGGUUGCCUGGAGGGGGACUGAGAAAUGGUGGCAAACUCCCUUCUUUAGCAUCCUUCAGUAGUAGUCCUGCUUCAAGUGAUUUUUCUGUGGCAGCUAUUGACCAAAUGAGCAGCUUGAUCACUUCCCAUGAACCAGAUUCAAAUGGUUCUGCAAAUGGAGCUUUAGCAAACGUACCUGGUUCCAAUAGCCACCACCGGAACAGAGUCGGUGGUCAUUCAGAAGUAAGGAACGGUAGCAAACCACCUGAUGCAGACCCGAAUCACGAAUCUGAAUGGGUCGAGCAGGAUGAACCAGGCGUUUAUAUUACACUAGUCUCUUUGCCUGGUGGAAUGAAAGACCUCAAGCGAGUUAGGUUCAGUCGAAAGCGUUUCAGUGAAAGGCAAGCAGAGCAAUGGUGGGCUGAGAACAGAGCCAGGGUUUAUGAACACUACAACGUCCGCAUGGUUGACAAUAGAUCCGCUGUCAGUGUUGGUAAUGAAUAAUGUACCUUCAUCCAUAAAGGUUGAAAUAUUCUUUUAACCUUUUUUCCCCUCUUGGUACUGGGGUUUUUCCUUCUUUCCCCCCUCCUAUUGGAGCCAAAGCCGCAAUCGCAAGUUGUAAAUGUGGGUUUAUUUUAUUUUAGCCCUUGAAAAGAAUUGGUGGGGCUCGGUAUAAAAGGAAUAUGAGUUGGGGGUCUUGGUGAUUUUUCUCUCUAUGGGGAAUAGAUUGGGUGUGGGUGUGAGAAAUGUAUAUUCAUAGUAGCCGGGUUAUAUUUUGCCUUGUAAAUUCUUGAACUACUUGCAGUGUUCUCUCUUCUUGCAUCUUUUUGCUCCUUUCUCAAUGUUUCCCUUUGGUUUCUCUUUAAAGUAUCACCUAAGCAAUGUGUAACAAAAGUUUAGAAAGUAAA